UCCAACAGAAGGCUCCAGAACAUAUCAGGGAGAGGCGGGAAGACACAGAGCUCGAGCACAUUCAGCACAAGAGGCGGGAGAUGAAGUGUUUCCACGAGAGCCAAAGCGCAAACCAGGUGCACCACGCGCUGCACUUUCAAACAGACCAGCACAACUCGCUAGCUGCUCCCUCUCCGCUGUCCGCUCCUCUAUCAGACCCACGGGACUUCACUGGUUCAUCCCUAACCUGACAGGCUCAGCUCAUCGGACCGGGAGACCGGGCGAACGCAGGAGUAGGGGGACACUGAGCCGGAGUUGGAGGGGGGACAUGCUCGCUCAGCAACCCUGCAUAGUUUCUCCAAGGUGGGCCAAGCUGUGACAGAGGGCCUCUCUCUGGUGAGCCAAUCCGCAACCCUGACCGCUCCAGCAGGCCUCACUCCCAGUCCUAACUACUGUGUGUGCCAGGACCAGGCCACCUCCAGCCCAGGCCAGACCACGUCUACCCCAGGCCAGCCCAGAGUGGGUCAGCCCCAGCCCAACCCACCACUUCCCCAGCCCAGUAGCGGCCCAGGCCCAGGCUCCAGAAGCAUGGCCUUCACCCUGUCAGAGAUCAUGGCUGCACGGCGGCAGCAGCAGUCCCAGGCCCAGCGGGCAGCAGGCAGGGUGGCCGUGGAGGUGGAUGAAUACAGCACCAACCCCACCCAGGCCUUCACCUUCUACAACAUCAACCAGGGACGCUUCCAGCCCCCGCACGUUCACAUGGUGGACCCCCUGCCCCACGACACUCCCAAGCCGCCAGGUUACACCCGUUUUGUGUGUAUCUCAGACACCCACUCCCGUACGGACGCCAUUCAGAUGCCCUAUGGAGACGUGUUCAUCCAUGCCGGAGACUUCACAGAGCUGGGCCUGCCCUCUGAGGUCAAGAAGUUCAAUGAUUGGCUAGGCACCUUGCCCUACGACAUAAAAAUAGUGAUUGCGGGGAACCAUGAGUUGACCUUUGACCAGGAGUUCAUGGCUGACCUGAUCAAGCAGGACUUCUACUACUUCCCGUCGGCCUCCAAGCUGAAACCAGAGAACUACGAGAACGUCCAGUCCCUGCUCACCAACUGUAUCUACCUGCAGGACUCAGAGGUCACUGUACGAGGCUUCCGUAUCUACGGCUCCCCCUGGCAGCCAUGGUACUAUGGCUGGGGGUUCAACCUGCCAAGAGGUCAGGCUCUGCUGGACAAGUGGAACCAGAUCCCCGACUCCACCGACAUACUGGUCACACACUGCCCCCCACUGGGGUUCCUGGACUGGGUUCCUAAGAAGAUGCAGCGGGUGGGCUGUAUGGAGCUGCUCAACACUGUCCAGAGGAGAGUACAACCCAAGCUGCAUGUGUUCGGACACAUCCACGAAGGUUAUGGUAUGAUGACAGACGGCACCACCACGUUCGUCAACGCCUCGGCCUGCACCGUCAACUUCCAGCCCAUGAACCCGCCCAUCGUCUUCGACCUGCCCAAUCCCACCAGGACCACAUGACUAGAGAAGCCCCGCCCUGCUGAGCCCCCCUCCAAUCAGGAGACAAGUGGUGGGAAGGCAGAUAGGUGAGGGUGGUGGACAGGUGUGGUGGAGUACUGUAUAUAGUCAUGGCUCUAACGGAUGCUGUGUGUGUGUGUGCGUGUGGGUGUGUGUGGCACAACACACACAAGCCCAAGUCUCUUACAGACGAGGUGUUGCCAAUCCUCACUUGGCAAAUCCAUCGAUGUUCUUUUAUAUACUGUCAUUCCUUUAUUUCAACAAAAGAAAAGUAAGGCAAAAGACAGACCCCAGAUGCCUCAUUUCUCAUAUGGACAUGUCAGCAUUAGUCUGUGAAUCUUCUGUUGCACUUCUACUGCACUGACAAUCUGACCUGGCUGUCAGAUAGAGAAGAGGACAGGGGGAACAGUGUCUCCUGUGUCACUGUUUGGACUCACAGUCUUUCUCUCAGAAGAAGACACUGGAUAACUCUCAUUCUCUCUUGUUCCUCAUAGAGGACUCUGUUAAGCCACCAGUGGAAGUUGCUCAGUGGUGACAUUUUGACAUUGUGACAGUGCGGUCCACCCUUCAUUUGAGACCUUCCCGGAGGAGUGAUUGAACACUUACUAGUAGGGUUUCAGAACAUGAACCCAAUGUCCAUGUUCGACUUUGUGGAGCUGUUUGCCAGCACAGAAAGGAUACCCCUGCCAGUACUCUGAUAUCACACUUCCUGCACUCCAGAUUACAACACUGCUUUCCCCUCAUCCCUUUUUCUCUUGAUUCCUCUUUUCCUCUGCCCCUCUAGUUUCACUCUCUCUCUGUCUCUCUCUCUCUCUCUCUCUCUCUCUCUCUCUCUCUCUGGCCUUGGGCAUGGUGGUUUGUGUGUG